AUGGAAGAUGGUCAAUGGCACGACCCACUUCUUAUCACUGAUGUUUCUUGCCAACAACAACGACAUCAACAUCUCCUUGACCCUUUACUCUCAUUUCCCAGCUUGCAAAGUGCGGUAAUGGCAGAUUUAGACAAUUCAAGUCCUAACAAGAUUGAUGGAUUAGAAACUGGUUCCUGGAAAAAUCGAAGCUUAGAAGCCACCAGUGGUGAAAAUGUCAGCGACCCAAGUGCAGACAAUGUAUUUGAUGGUCGGUCCAUGUUGGGGUUUUCUUUAACCUCACCUGAUUUGGUUAUAUGUGCUGGCUCACCCGAUAUAGCUACUAGGCACGGCUAUGAAGAUUCACCACAAUGCUUGAAGUGUUCCUCCGUUGAGGUCUCUUUAGAAAAUGGAAUCAAUGGAUCUGAAAUUAAAGAUUCUACUGAGACUCCAGCUGCUGCAAAAUUUUCAACGUUGUCGAACGAAUACAUAUGUCCUCAAGAUUCUUUUGAGCUUCCUCCACCACCUGCUACUGAAGAAAAUUCUCCAAAAGAUUCAAUUUCUGUUGUGAAUAUCAAUGCAGGAUCAACUGAUAGCGCAGUGGUUUUGGGCAGGAAAAUGUUUUCAGAAGAUAAUUGUUUCAAUGGUGGGGAUACAAUAAGGACUGACACUAUAACUGGGAGUGUAGAAGGCGCUGCUCUUUAUCAGACAGCUCGUUUUGGAAAUUUCUCGUACCAUUUCAAGACUUUGGAGUCUGGAAAUUACAGGGUUGAUCUGCACUUUGCAGAGAUUGUCUUCACCGAUGGCCCUCCUGGGAUGAGAGUGUUUGAUAUCUUUGUACAAGAAUACAAGGUGAUUUCUUGCUUAGACGUUUAUGAACGCGUUGGUGCAAAUAGACCUCUAGUUAUAUCUGAUUUGAAAACUUCUGUUAAUGGUGAAGAGGGAUUGUCAAUUAGAUUUGAAGGAGUAACUGGAAGCCCAAUUUUAUGUGGAAUCUGUGUGAGGAAAUAUUCUUCUGCAACUUUUGGAGAAGUGGAACUGCUUAAAGUUAUGGGAAUGGCUCAACAGCAACAAUGCGAGUUGCCAAAAGUAGUAAGUACUCUUCAAAAACCAACGGGGGAAGGAGAAUUUGGUAAACUUCAAAUAGACUACGAGUAUCAGAAAAAAGAACUAGUUGAAGCUAAGAGGGCUUUAGAGGAGCUUAAGCGGGAGAAUGAACUUAAGAGCAGAGAAUGCCAAAAAGCUUGCAAGUCUUUACAGGAUCUCCAGAAUGAGCUCAUGCGCAAAUCGAUGCAUGUUGGAUCACUAGCUUUUGCCAUUGAGGGACAAGUGAAAGAAAAGAGCAGAUGGUUUGCAUCUUUGAGAGACCUAAAAAGAAAAUUGAAGAUUUUGAAAAUGGAUCAACUCAAGCUUUCAGAGGAAGCAUUGUCAUAUAAGAAAUGCCUGGCAGAAAUGAAUGAUAUGUGCUCUAUCGUUCAGUCGAAAAUUAAACAGCAAAUAGAAUUACAUGAAGAUCUUAAGAUCAAAUUUGUCAAAGGGGCCAAGGAACGGAAAGAACUUUACAACAAGGUCUUGGAACUGAAAGGAAAUAUUAGGGUCUUUUGCCGGUGUAGGCCUUUGAACGCUGAAGAGAUUGCUGCUGGAACUUCAAUGAUAGUUGAUUUUGAAGCUGCAAAGGACGAUGAGCUUACAGUAAGAUCAAAUGGGGUAUCCAAGAAGACCUUCAAGUUUGAUGCUGUUUUUAGCCCGCAAGCAGACCAAUUUGAUGUUUUUGAGGAUACUGCCCCAUUUGCAACCUCAGUUCUAGAUGGGUACAAUGUGUGCAUCUUUGCUUAUGGACAGACAGGAACUGGGAAGACUUUUACAAUGGAGGGCACAGAUGAAGCCCGUGGGGUUAAUUAUCGAACUCUUGAGGAGUUAUUUCGCAUCAUUCAAGAGAGAAAGAGUACGUAUCAGUAUGAAAUAUCUGUGAGCGUCUUGGAAGUUUAUAAUGAGCAGAUACGAGAUUUGCUAGUUUCUGGAUCACAGCCAGGAGUGACUGCAAAAAGGCUUGAAAUAAGGCAAGUAGCUGAAGGUGUACAUCAUGUCCCAGGACUGGUUGAAGCUCAUGUGAACAACAUGAAUGAGGUCUGGGAAGUUCUACAGACCGGUAGUAAUGGCAGGGCUGUUGGAUCAACCAAUGCUAAUGAGCACAGUAGCCGAUCCCAUUGCAUACAUUGUGUGAUGGUGAAGGGGGAGAACUUGUUGAAUGGGGAAUGCACAAGAAGUAAGCUAUGGCUAGUUGACUUAGCGGGAAGUGAGCGUAUAGCCAAAACAGAAGUACAAGGUGAAAGAUUGAAAGAAGCCCUGAACAUUAACAGAUCUCUUUCUGCACUUGGGGAUGUCAUAUCUGCUCUUGCAACAAAGAGUGCACACAUCCCUUUCAGGAACUCCAAGCUCACUCAUUUGCUUCAAGACUCUUUAGGAGGAGAUUCGAAGACACUGAUGUUUGUACAGAUCAGUCCCAAUGAGAAUGACCUGAGUGAGACUCUUUGUUCACUGAAUUUUGCAAGCAGAGUGAGAGGCAUAGAGUUGGGUCCAGCAAAGAAGCAAUUAGACAGCUCUGAGCUUCUAAAAUACAAACAAAUGUUUGAAAAGGUCAAGCAAGAUAUGAAGAGCAAGGAUUUUCAGUUUAAGAAGAUGGAGGACACCAUUCAUGGUUUGGACACGAGGAUAAAGGAGAAGGAUUUGAGAAACAAGAACCUGCAAGAUAAGAUUAAAGAAUUGGAAUCACAACUUUUAAUAGAGAGAAAGCUAGCAAGGCAGCAUGUGGAUACGAAAAUAGCGGAACAGCAGCAGCUGAGACAACAGCAAGAAGAGCCAAAUUCUGCACUUGUAAAGCCACCUUUUGCGGCUAGACCAUUUGGCAUUAAUAAGAACUUUAGUGAAGGCAAAGAACAAAUAGAUUUCACCAGACCACUUACUGAGAACAACAGCUGCAAACCUCCCAUGGCGCCUCAUCCUCCGGUGGAUGGCUUUGACACGUACAAUGAUUGUGCAGAAAAGGAAAAUAAUCCUAAGAUGGCUGAACAACAACCAUUGCUGCCAAAGCGGACUGGCAGAGCUUCUCUCUGCCCGACAGCACAGAGGAUUUUAGCUGUACCAGCGCCAAGGCGCAACUCCCUAAUUCCUUUACCAAUAUCAGGGACAGCCAAGUUGCCUUCAUCACUGUUACCACUGACACCAAUUCAAGCUGACAUGAAAGCAGAUGUGUCUGAGGUUGAAGCUAAAGGCUUCCUUGAACCCACACCUUGGGAUAGUCCUAAAGACCGCAAAAGUGGAACUAAGAAGCUGAGCAGUAUAUUGAGACGAAGCCUUCAAAAGAAAGUUCAAAUAAAGUCUCCAAUGCAGCAACACCUAAGAAGGGGCGGUGUAAACGUGGGGAUGGAGAAGGUUAGAGUUUCUAUUGGAAGCAGAGGGAGGAUGGCUCAUAGAGUAUUGUCUGGCAAUGCUAGAAGAACAGCAAAGGAUACUCAGCAGAAGCCAAGCCAGAAGGCAAAGGAAAGAGGGUGGAGUAUGGCAACGGUGGGGAGAACUGUUGUAUAAAUUUGGUUAGCUAACAAUAGACUCUGUUUCCUGUUGCAUGCUACUAUAGAAAGGUACCAAUGGAUGGGGAAAAAAAUAGAGCUUAGAAAUAGUGGUCUCGAUUAUUUUUUUUGGAUGAUGCUGAUCAUCUGAGUGAAAUUUUCUACUUUAACUGAAAUGGUUUGACUGAUGUAUAUAACUACUCUUUCGGAAUGACAUUUCUGUGAUGGUUGACAGUGUGGAUCUAAUGAGCUUCUUUCGACACCCUGAUAUCAGCCAUUGUGUAUAUAUGUAAUCCAAUCCUCUGAAAGAAACCACAGACCAGAGAUGUUGUAAGAUAUGUAGGAAUUGUUGUGCUUAAAGUUGAUGAGGCAGAGGCAUUUACGAUUUGCUGUUUCUG